AUGUCAGGGGGACUCCUCGGUCUAAACGAAGAUGUUCUGCUCGAGAUUAUUGCCAACCUCGAUGCGGCGAGCGCCCACAACUUAUCGGCCACAGCUCGAGGCAUACACCCCCUCGCGCAAAGGCAGGCUCUAUCUGCGGUGACUAUAGAUGACAUCUACGGUGAUCUAAACUAUCAAAAGAUCACGGGGAUGUGUACAUACAUGCUCAACGACAUACCUGGACGUUUACACUGUGUCAAGUCGCUGAAAAUUCGCGGCGGAGUAUCCGCAGAACGCAAAGCUUUUGAGACGGGUCGAUAUAGAGAGCCCUUCGUGACAGCUGGGCAGAAAUUGGCACACUUCCUCGAGAACGCCAUUCAGCUGCAGUCGCUCACAUUGUCUUUCUUUGACGGAAUCAUUACCCUAGAGCCCCGCAUAGCGUCAGCUAUCCACAUCCUGCCUAAUCUGCGCUGCCUGGACAUCACGGUCACCGUCAUGCGCCCAUGUGUCCAGGAGUUUCUCUUGUCUAUGCGUCACGAGUUGCAGAAGCUGCGAUUGGUCGAUCAUAUGCGGAGCGGCCGGGUUCUUCCUGCCCUCAUGAACAUGAAGGUGUCCGAUCUUGAGCUUACCUUGUCGGAAAAGCUCGGCCCUGAUCAUUCGUCAAACCCCACCAAUGGGUACCACCACUCCUUCCCCGAUGUGCGCAAGCUAUCUCUGUGGCUUUCUGAUGUCGGCAUCUCAAUGUAUACUCUGUGGCGAGCCUUUCCAAACCUUCGCGCGCUGCGGAUCCAUGAUUGCGUUCGCUUCAAUACAGCAGAGACUGCAUGUUGGAAAAGCCUAGACUAUGUCGAAGGACCCGUGGAAUUCUUCGAGCAAUGGUCGCCAACUUGCCAUGUUCCACACGUAUCAAUCAGCAGAAUUGCCGAACCUCAUCGCUUUUUCCCGUAUUCUUCAACCACGCAUGCGCUCAAUACCACUCUCCGUCUAAUCAAGCAGACAUCCCCCCUGGCGCUUUCAUUCGUAAUAAUGGCCGAUCCUGGACUGGCCGACUCCUUCUGGAUGCCGCUGGUCGAAUGCACGCCGCGGCUGCGUAGUCUUGAAGUCAAACUUCAUUGCUUGUCGGACAGUGGCAUGAGGCCGGGCCUUAUCGCCGCAUGCAUGAAGGUUAUUUUCGCUGCUCUUGGCCGUAUGCCAACCGUUGUGCACCUGCGGCUCUCGGUAUUGAACUCAAAAACGAGGUUUGAGGCUGCGUUCUGUCAUAUGCACGAAGAUGACUUGGUAUUGCAGCUCCUUGAGCAAGCCCCGUCAAUCCGCUGUAUCUCGCUGUCGUUUGCUUACUGUCUUAGAUACCGCCCUCCUGUUGUCAAGACUGCUGCAUGGAAGGUCGUGGGUGCUCGGACGGGCCGCAAGCUCGAACAUAUCACUGAGUCUGUCGAGGAAGACGUCCGACGACGGAUCAUCGCACCUGAUUUCGACCCAAAGAGCAGUCUCUGA